UUAUUGACACUUUAAGUUUCUGUUGUAACACGUGGUUUUGUGUUUAUUAUUAAUAAUUUCUUUAAAAAACUCACACAUGGCUCAAGGCAAAUUAAAGGUAAAAUCAAAAUUACCACCAAGUGUUAAAAACAAAAAACCUGCCCAGAAGGGUAAAGCCGUAACGCAAAGGGCAAAUUGCCCAAUUAAACCCAAGAAGCAGAAACACCAAGAGGCCCAGAAAUUGAAGCAGGUCGUUACGAAGAGCGUAAAUAAAAGCGUCGAAGAGGAGAUGCGGUCUAGGGCGUACGAAGGUAAACGGCCGUUAUCGAAAGCCCAAGAGGCGGUUGCCAAUUAUCACAAGGAGAUGGGCCCUAGCAAAACGUAAAGCGUUUGAUUUUUUCAUGUGCUGUAGAUAAAUUAUAAAUAAAAUUGAUGGGGUUGAUAAACCUGAAUUGUUACGUACAUGGUUUUGAAAA